AUGCUCUUUGGGGUGAAGAAAUUUCACCAGUACCUGGCAGGAAAUCAUUUCACUACAGAGACUGAUCACAAACCGUUGUUUGGAUUAUUUGCUGAGACCAAAGUGAUACCAAUGAUGGCAUCAGCCCGGAUUCAGAGGUGGGCACUAACAUUGUCUGCUUAUGAGUAUGAACUUGUCUACAGACCAGGAUCACAGAUCGUCAAUGCGGAUUGUCUGAGCCGACUUCCUGCGAAAGAAAAACCAAGUAUUCAAGAAACACCUGUACCUCCGGAAUACAUCAUGCUUCUGGAAUUGAUGGAUACUACACCUGUGACCUCCAAACAUAUUCGUUCAUGGACGCGCCAGGAUCCUGUGUUGUCAACAGUGUUGAGAUAUGUGGAGUGUGGAUGGCCUAAUUUCUGUGAAAACCCAGAAAUGAAGGCAUACUACUGUCGCCGUGAUGAGCUGACAGUACAGCAUGACUGUGUGUUGUGGGGUAACCGUGUAGUGAUUCCCCCGCCAGGUCGGGAUAGGAUUAUUCGUGAACUUCAUGAGGCACAUACAGGAAUCAGUAGGAUGAAGGCACUUGCUCGUAGCUAUGUGUGGUGGCCUAGCAUGGAUUCAAUUCUGGAGUCGACAGUGAAAAAGUGUGAGGUGUGUCAGCAAAUGCAGCAGAUACCAGCUAAGGCAUGA